AUGAAUGAUGUGUGGUCAACACGAUUGUUUGGAGGCGAAAGCAUGUCUCCUUCGUGUCGGCCGCACAGUUCGAUCAUUGCCACCACCUCCAUCCUGGAACUGCCGCCGACAUGUGUCGCAAAAGCGGCGGCACUGUUGCGGGACCAGCCCGACAAUCUGGAAUCGUAUCUUUCCCAGCCAAGCUGUGCAAGGGCACUGUGGCGCCAAGGCCUUGAAAAGGCAGAGGUGCUAACGGCCGCUGCUGGCGUCGACCCAGCAAAUACGCCAGGGAAGUCGCCGCGAAAGCGCUAUGCACUGCAACUGUUGGGGCAAAUAAUUUGGGAAGCGGAACUGGGAGCGAGCAACUCGCCGAACCAGAUGGAUCUUUGGGAUCGAGCAACGCCACGGCACGAGCGGCAAAUCGACCGACAUCCUUGUGCUGAAGCGGCUGAAGCCAGCUUCUCCCCUGAAGCCGGUACCGCCGAUUCCUGCAGGCAGAAAUCGCGCGCGAGAGCUCAGUCUGCCCGUGUUCGGAAAAACGAGGCGCCGGAAGACAUUGGGGAUCUUCGACGUUGGGAAACCAAACUCUCCUUCGCGCUCUAUAUCAAGGAGCAGCAUCACAAAGAAGUCCAAGAGAGAGCUCGAUCACGGAAUGGGCGAAUUGAGGCCGUGCGGGCUAGUUAUGCACAGAGGAAGCAAGAGCACGAGGAUCGACAGCAGUCAAAUUGGCAACAGCGCACCAAAGAUCAUGAAGAACGUGUUGCGAGGAGCAAAGGGGCCAAGCAAGAAAUCUCAGACCUGAUGGUGAAUGCUUCUGCAGUGAGACAGGCUGUCCUUCAGACGAACCGACGCAAGAUAUUCCAAGAACAAGAGACACUGAGAAGCCAGCGCAUCGAGCAGGAGUCAAAGAGGCAGCUGGAAGCAGAGCAGAAGCGUCGUAAGCUUCUGCAAGAAAAGGGCGUUGGAAGAGCCAAGCUGCGGGAAACCCGCGAAAUUUCAUGCAAGCAGGCGAUGCGCUUGGAACGUAUCCGAUGCGUCGAGCGCGAACUGCUGCGCCAGAAGAUCGAGUUCAAAUCUCCGUCAGCUACACCGUCUGUGUCACCUCGCGCCCGGAGUCGACCAAGCAGCGCCAGAGGCUCGCAGCCAUUUGUCCCACAUCCGCCUGGGAGCAAGGCGCCAGCAGCGCGGCGACCCUUUGUCCAGGGCUACAAGCCUGACGGUCGCAGCAAUGAUACCCUCAGCGGCUGGGAUUGGGAACCGCUGGUUGGAAACAUUCCAGAGCCGUCCCUGAUGCCUUGGCCACGAUGCGCGGAUGCGUUGGCACAGGGCGACCAGACCGAAAGGACAAGGCCCAGCUCAGCGGACGACAUUGCUUCAAGUCGGACAACAUCAGUACCAAGGAAGCCUCCAAUGGAACAUCCCGGUGACAAGUCUGGCGACUAUCUGGGCGCGGAGGGCAUCUUCACAGUAGCAGGAUUCCGAGCAGUUACUUCUGACGAUGUUCUGCAGAAGGACUUCGCAACGGCUGCCGCGUUUUUCGAGGAUCUCUUGGUCGAUCUCGAUGCCAAGACGAGCCGGGAGCUGGCGAAGGUACCAUCCACGGUUGAGUGUACGGCUGACGAAUCCGAACCAGCAGCUGCCUCGGCAGCAGAGGAGGCUGAGCCUGAUCCGCGGCUGGGCAAAAGCCGCAUCAGCCAUGCCGUGAGGGUGUUCGUUUACGGCAAGCUGGCUCACGAUGCUUCAAAAUGGGAGUUGCUGGUUCCUGCAUGCGAACCGCAAGACGAGACCUUCCCGGCAGCUGCAGCGGAUGGCAAGCAUGAUCAAACCGUGGCUUCUGGAAUCCUUGCGGACACUGAAGUUGUUCGCUCGAUGCCUGAUGACUCGGCUGCCCGAAGCGAACCCAGUGGGGGUGAUUCUAGCAGUCCUUCGCCUGGCCACAAUGCUAAGGUGGAAUUGGAUGAAGGAUUGCCGAACGUGGUGGACUUUCCUGAGGCAAACGGUGUUGAGGAAUUGCGCCAGAAGAGGGUCUCACCAGGGAGCGAGACGAGCAGCCACAGUUCGUCCUCCUAG